UAUGCACUUUUUUCACUGAGAGCAUUAUUACAUCAGACCAAAAAUUUGCAAAGAAAAAUUGCAAAAAUAAAUUUAAAAUAAUACUGCAACCAAGAAAGGAAAGCCAACAAUUUUGGCAUCCAAGGUUUUCUUUUGUCGCCAACUUGGAUUGGCCGGCUCUAAUAGAGAAUUUAGAAUUGCUAAAUUUUCUCUUUGCCACUGAUUGGUAAGUAGUGUCCAUCUGAUUAGACCUUGCAGUAAAAAUGCUAUUUUAUGCAGCUUAUUGGCCAUACCUCUGGCAAUUGCACCCGCUAGACCCUCCUUAGAGUGGAAUAGGUGUUGCACAUUGCGAUCCUCGUCUCCCCCCCCUUUUGUUGAACAAGUGCAACUAGUGAAGCGCACGCGGAUAUUCACCCUAACCUGCAAGCCUAAGGGAGUUUUGGGUGAAGGCGGCGAACCUCGCUGCAAACAACCGGCUAGAGUGGGAAUAAGGCGAUAAUCUUGCGGCAGCGAAUCUUCGCUGCAGAUUAUCAAACGGUAUUCGAUAGCGGCUAAGCGAAGGCGAUACUAGAGACGUUCAAAGGAGCGUAGAUCUUCCGGCGAGAGAUCUACGGCUCCACACAAAACCCGCCAGCACCAUCUGCAUUGGAUUGUUUUCGUUCGUAAAAUGCACUAAAAGUGCCAACAUGGUUUGAAUACUUGAAAAAUUAAAUUGAAUUUGUAAAUAGUACUUGUCAGAUCAACUAACUCAUUUUUUCGACUUUUCACACAGCCAACAUGGGUACAUAGGGAUUGAUAGCCUGAUAACCAUAACCUUUUAUCAUCUUUAACAGCUAUCAUCAACAAUCAUAUAUGCUACGACGGAUUCAUCGGUUAUCAGGCCUGCUAACUUCGAUGGAAAGUGCAUACUCCGAUGGAACUGUCAAGUUGCGCAACUCAAACAUUGAGCUGAUGGAUCAGGAUAUUCUAUAUCAUUUGGCCUUGGGCAGUGAGAGUCAUGACUUGCAAGAGAUGUUUGGUGAAGUCAAGUUUGUUUGCAUGGGCGGCACACCAAAGCGUAUGGAGAAUUUUGCACACUUCAUCAUGGAUGAGAUUGGCUACAAGCUACCCGCUGGCACACAACUCCAGGAUAUUAGCGCGUAUUCGUACCGCUAUUCGAUGUACAAGGUGGGCCCAGUGCUGUGUGUCAGCCAUGGCAUGGGAACGCCCUCGGUGAGCAUUCUGAUGCACGAGAUGAUCAAGCUGAUGUACCAUGCCAAGUGCAUGGAUCCCAUCUUCAUUCGCAUUGGCACCUGUGGUGGCAUUGGCGUCGAGGGCGGCACGGUCAUCAUCACCGAGGAUGCUCUCGAUGGACAAUUGAGGAACUCGCACGAGUUUACAAUUCUCGGCGAGACCGUGCAUCGUCCAGCUAAGUUGGACAAGAAGUUGGCACGUGAACUCAAAUCGCUGGCCAGUUCAGAUGAUCCCUAUGACACCAUCAUUGGCAAGACCCUCUGCACAAACGAUUUCUACGAGGGUCAGGGACGUCUCGAUGGCGCCUUCUGUGAGUUCAGCGAAUCGGACAAAAUGACAUAUCUGGAGAAGCUGCGCGAUCAUGGCGUUGUUAACAUCGAAAUGGAGAGCACCAUCUUUGCGGCGCUGACUCAUCAUGCGGGCAUCAAGGCCGCUGUCGUCUGUGUGGCCCUGCUGAAUCGCCUCAAUGGCGAUCAGGUCAACGCCCCCAAGGAGGUCAUGCAUGAGUGGCAGCAACGACCACAGAUACUUGUCUCCAGAUACAUACGCAAGGUGCUCGCCCAGCAUGGCCAGCUGAAGUCGUUGUUUGGGCAUCAGGGAUCUAUUAAGUCGCCCAGACGCUUCAAGCUGGUACAGCAGGAAUCUCAGGCCCAUGAGUAAAAGCUAUUAGCCAAAUUUAGUGCACAAAUGAAAGGAUCAGGGGCAUAUAUAUAUAUAACUACAUUGUAUUUGAUUUAAUUUUCAAGUUACCUUGGACACAGUCGAUGUCGAAACCAAACUCUUAUGUAUACAAAAUGUUUGAACAUUCCUUAGUUUAGAUUCGCAUUAAGUUCUUUAGAUUCCACAUUAUGCAUAUGUAUUUACUCGUAUCUCUGUAUGUAUAUCCAGCCUCUCAUUAGCUUAUUUAAACAAAAAACCCAAAAUCAUAUGAUACACAAAAUGAAUGAACGAAUGACAUUCAUUUACAAAUGCUGAACGAAAACCAAUUACAAAUAAACUCAAUGUGACGUUGUGUUUCAAAAUGCAUUCAA